AUGGCUUCCUCAGAGUUACAAAGAGCCACAGAGAACCCAACUAUUGAGCUCAAAAUUGUAUCAGCAAGUCACCUCAGCCAUGUUGAUACCACAGACAAGAUGGACGUAUACGCCGUCGUUUCAUUCAACGGCGAAACUACUCAACAGAAGCAAGUGGCCAAAACACCCAUUGACUAUGACGGUGGUUCUAAUCCGACGUGGAAUCACACUGUUAAGUUUCCUGUCAACGAAGAACAUGUCCGUGAAGGCCUAUUCACCCUCAAGAUCGAGUUAUUUAGCUAUUGGCUCGAAGGGAAAGAUGACAUUUAUCUAGGAGAAGUCAACGUCUCGGUUCAAGAGCUUCUUGCCUCAAAUCCGCUUCCACCGUAUGCAAACGGUAACGUCAAUAAGAUGAAGUCAAUGACUUGCCCUAUCAAAGUCACUGAUGGAGAAAGUACCAAAGCAACGUUGAGCCUCUUGUACCGGUUUAAACCUGUCCCGGUUGAUGGGUCGUGUCCUCCGGCACAAGAUUAUCCACCAUCCAUUGGUCAGCCCGUUUAUCCAAACCAAGAACCAGCAAUAUCAGGUCAGCAUGUCCCAUUUUCGCCUCGGUUUCAAACCGUACCAACAAGGCUAAUCUUAGAGAUCGUGAUCAAAUACGCCAAGGACAUCGAAGACGUCAACGCCUUUUCGGCCAUGGACGUAUACGCUUCGGUUGCUAUCCUUAAGGACAGGAAGGUUAAGGAUAGGAUCAAUACCCCUGUGGCUUUCUCCGCCAAUACAAACCCGAAAUGGAACCAGACAAUAAAGUUUUCAGUCGAUGAGAAAUUAGGUCAUGAAGGGCGUUUGAUGCUCCUCGUGGAAUUGAUGAGCCACCGGCCUUUCCUUGGUGACAAAGAGAUUGGAUUCGUCAGGCUUCCGAUGCAGCAACUGUUGAACUCAAAUCCGCCUUCUUCAUCAGCCAAUGGUACUGAUGGUAACGGUAUGAAGUCGGAGACGCACGCUUUGACUGGUCCUUACGGGAAAAAGGGUGUCGUGAGCUUCACGUAUAGGUUUCUUGCGGAAAAAGUUACUGUUUCCACGGUUGCACCACAAUCUACAAAAACACAACCAUAUAUUAUGUAUCUACCUGUCUCUCCUCACUCUUACGCAUCAUCGGAUCAUAUUCAGGUAAGCUCGGGUUACGUGACUGUUCAACAAGGUGCAAAUGCUGGGACAAACAACGGUCUAGUACCAAUAUAUGUGUCACCUCAAUAUCAAUCACAUGGAUACCAACAAUAUUCACCGAGGAAGCAGCAAUCGCAACCACAACCGCAAUCGCAGCCACCACCACAACAUUCACAGCUUAAACCACUGCCUCCGCAGACAUUUCCUCAACCACUACCAGAUACACAAGAAGCAUAA